ACGCUCUCCUCUCCCGACCGUUGCAAAAUCUCCCUCCACAAAAACCCAAACGCUUCCCACCCCUGUCCCUCCCCAGUCCCCCACCUCACGCCGCCGAUCUCCUCCUCUUCCAGCGCCCAGGAAACACACGAGCGAGCGGCGGGGAAGCAGCAGUAGCACGGCGCGCGAUGGUGUCGAGGACGCCCACGAAGCCGCCGCCGUCUCCCAGGCCCGGCGCCAGUGGCUGCGUCACCCCAUCGAAGCCGAAGCCGUCGCCAGUGGCGCGGCGCCGACAGGCCCUGCGCCGUUGGUCCGCCACGAAGCGGCGCGGGAGCCCGCUCAAGUCACUUGCCUCCGCGCCCGCCGCCGCCGCCGCCACCUUCAAUCGCUCCCUCCGCUCCUGCCGCCGCCGCCUCCUCAAGCUCUUCGCCCGCCUCGCCGUUCUCGGAUCCCCGCGCAAGCGCCGUGCCGCCGCCGCAGGGUUCCAGCGCCUCCGCUCAUCUUCUCCCCCACCUCCCCCGCCUCCGCCGCAGCAUCCUCCGGUCCGCGCUCAGUCUGCCGCGCUCCCGCUGCCGCCGUCACCGGGGAGGCGGACGCUGUUCCUGGACCUCGACGAGACGCUCAUCCACUCCCAAACCGACCCGCCCCCCGCGCGGUUCGACUUCACCGUGCGCCCUGUCAUCGGCGGGCAGGCUAUCACCUUCUACGUCUCAAAGCGCCCGGGGGUCGAGGCCUUCCUCCGCGCGGCGGCGGACAGUUUCGAGGUCGUCGUCUUCACCGCGGGGCUCCAGGAGUACGCCUCCCUCGUGCUUGACCGCCUCGAUCCCGACGGCACAGUGUUCGCGCACAGACUCUACCGCGGCGCGUGCCGCAACGCCGGGGACGGGAGGCUUGUCAAGGACCUCGCGGCCACCGGCAGGGCGCUGGACCUCGCCGUCAUCGUCGACGACAACCCCAAUGCUUACGCCCUGCAGCCGGAGAACGCCGUCCCGGUUGCACCGUUCGUCGACGAUGACAACGACCAGGAGCUGCAGAGGGUGUUGGCGUUCUUGGACGUCGCUGCGGGAUUUGACGACACCCGGGAGGCCAUUAGAUACUACAAGGAUCUCAUCACGGCGAGCUGAGCCGCCAGCCUGCCUCCGCGGAGAAGGUGCCCCCUGUGCCUAUCACUUCGUGAAGCAGUUUCAUGUUGAAAGUUUGCCCCUUUUUGUCAGACUGGUGUACUGGAUAGUGGGGAAAUGAGAUUGCAGGAGAAUAGAAGAUGUGGUAAGUAUCGAUCUUUCAGGAUCUUCCUGAAUUUAGAUGCGAAUACAUCUAUGUAGUUGAAACCAAAUUUUAAAUUGAUAUAGUAGAAUGUCGAGAAACUCUGAAAUUAUGGAAUUUAAAGUAUUAUUUUCAUUUGAGAUACAAGAUGAUGCACACUUCCUGAAGCAGUUUCAUGUUGGCUAGUUGCGGAGUCAGAUUUCAGUAGAAUAGGAUUUGGUGGUGUGCAUCUUUCAGGAUCUUCCUGAAUUCGGAUGGGAUUAUAUUUAUGUAGCUGAACUCAAAUUGAAGUUGAAAUUGUAGUAUGUGGAAAAUGUUCUGAAACUAUGGAAUUACAGGAACAGUUUUCAUUUGAUGUAUUUGAAUGUAACUUGGUUUUGAGUAAUUCCAAUGGGAAACGAGUUUUUGCAGUUUCUGUGUUAACAAAAUGGAUGAAGCUGAGUGUAGCAAGUUAUACAUGCGAAAACAAGCUUUUAUGGUAACCAGAUAAACAGAUGUGGGUUGCAAGUGUUUGAAAUUAUUCUGAAUCUCUGUGCAUUGUCUAGCCGCGCAGACUACGCAAACUUUGUAAAUCGUACAUCGCCAACGAGCUAAGCCGAUUUGUUUUA